GAUGAUGAGGUCGGCGAUGGAACUACUGGGGUUGUAGUCCUUGCGGGUGCUCUUCUUGAGCAGGCUGAGCAAUUACUAGACCGUGGGAUACAUCCCAUCCGUAUUUCCGAUGGUUAUGAAAUGGCUGCUAGAACGUGUCUUACUGUUUUGGACAAAAUAAGCGAGAGAUUUGAAUUCUCAUUGAAUAAUCGGGAACCGCUUAUUCAAACAGCUAUGACCACCCUUGGAUCAAAAAUUGUUAAUCGCUGUCAGCGACUGUUUGCUGAAAUGGCUGUCGAUGCGGUACUAUCUGUUGCCGACGUUGACAGGAAAGAUGUAGACUUUGAACUCAUCAAGGUUGAGGGAAAAGUUGGUGGUCGUCUGGAUGACUCCAUGUUGGUCAAAGGUGUUAUCGUUGAUAAAGAUUUUUCGCACCCCCAAAUGCCGAAACAGGUGAAUAACGCGCGGAUGGCCAUUUUGACUUGUCCAUUUGAGCCACCUAAGCCAAAAACCAAGCACAAUUUAUAUGUAGAGGAUGUUGCCUCGUAUACAAAAUUGAGAGACUAUGAACAGGAAAAAUUCCGCGAAAUGAUUAAGCAGGUUCGGGCUACUGGUGCCAAUUUAGUUAUCUGCCAAUGGGGCUUUGAUGAUGAAGCAAAUCACUUGCUCUUGAGCGAAAAUCUUCCUGCGGUCAGAUGGGUUGGCGGACCCGAAAUUGAAUUGAUUGCUAUCGCAACUGGCGGCCGGAUUGUUCCGCGCUUCGAGGAGCUCACGCCAGAAAAGCUUGGCAAGGCUGGUGUUGUAAAAGAGCUCACGUUCGGUACUGUUAAAGAGAGAAUGCUGGUGAUUGAAGGCUGCCAUAAUUCAAAGGCAGUAACCUGCUUUAUUCGUGGGAGCUCUCGGAUGAUAGUUGACGAGGCCAAACGCUCUCUUCAUGACGCUCUGUGUGUUACCAGGAAUCUGGUUCGCGACCCUCGUGUUGUCUAUGGUGGCGGCUCGUCCGAAUUAGCAUGCUCUUUAGCUAUCCUGGCUGAAGCGGACCGAGUUUCUUCAAUGGAGCAGUACGCGAUGCGGGCUUUUGCUGAUGCUUUGGAAUCAAUCCCCAUGGCAUUGGCCGAAAAUUCUGGUCUAGCCUCAAUUGAAACUGUCGCGGAAUUGAAAUCACGUCAAACUUGUGAAGAAAAUCCUUAUCUUGGAGUAGAUUGUAUGUGUCAGGGCACCAAUGAUAUGCGAAAUCAAAAAGUUGUCGAGACUUUAAGCUCAAAACGAGCCCAAAUCAUGCUUGCUGUGCAAUUAUGCAAAAUGAUUCUCAAGAUAGAUGAUAUUCGCGUUUCAAUUGGCUAA